AUGCUUGAAACCGAGGGCAGCGACGACGCCGAUGCGGAAGACGACGAAACCGCCACAGGUUUGGUGGAAGUGGCCGUGAAGGACGACACCCCGACUGCAGAUGAUCUGGUGAUAGACGACGACGAGGAUGACACAACUGCAAUGGAUGAUACAGCCGAGGUCGACGAUACGGUUGACGUCGAAGAUUCCGCCAAUGAAGACAGCGCGGUCGAGACUGUUGAGGAAGUCUCAGGGACAGCCGUGCUCGACGCUGAAGACGAGGGGGUUAGGACUUCCGAAGAAGACGAGAGAACCGAUGCCGCGGAAGAUGAGAUAGCCACCGAUUCAGAGGAAGAAACAGGCGGCUGA